AUGGCCCAGCUGUUUCAUGUCCGGGUGCUGCCCCACUUCGGGCGUCUUGAAGACAGCAACGACGUUUCAUGGCCCUGGAAGAUCGCCGGGUGUUUCAUUCCCAUCUCAUUGGGUUGGGCCGCUGGAGACGUCUCUUUUGCAGCGUACAUGAUUCCGUCAGCGUUGGCUGAGUCCAAGUGUUUCCCCAUGCGAAUGUUUCUGCGCUUGAUGCAGCGGCCAUGCAUGCUGAUCAUGAUAUCCUUCCCGAUAGGCGCAAAUACUCGAACCUACAUCGUUUUGAAUGCCGCACUCAGCUCUGUCCUUUGCAACGUCAUCGACAAGGACUUCACCCGCAACGGCGACAUCAUGCGGUCGCUCAUCACAGUGGGAGGCCUUCCUUAUGAGACUGAAGGCGCUGGCAUGCAGCGUACCUGGAUAUCAGCUGCGGGAUGA